CACUUCGUCCUCUCUUUCCUUCUAGACCUACCUGACCUUCUACAUCAUCCUCAUUACUUACUCACCGUCGUUUUCAAUCUCGCCACCUCAGACGCUUUCUCUACCUCUCAUUUCUUAUCAUCUCUUACCAUGGGUUUCUCACACUUCCUCAAGAAUCGUUCCGGGGUCCGCAUCGACAACACCAGGACCACAUCUGCCGCCACCCUUACUCUGCGUCAGAGUCUGUGGCCUUUGACUCUCGUGACGAUCCUUUUCUUUCUCUGGGGCUUUGCUUAUGGCCUGCUGGAUACACUCAACAAACAUUUCCAGAAUACCCUGCAUAUUACCCGGACACGCUCUUCGGGGCUUCAGGCGGCAUACUUUGGGGCUUAUCCACUGGCGUCCUUGGGGUACGCAAACUACAUACUCCGUCAUUUUGGGUAUAAGGCCGUGUUUAUCUUCGGAUUGACUCUGUAUGGGAUUGGAGCUCUCUGCAUGUGGCCCGCGGGCUUGCAUCGGUCGUUUGGGGGCUUCUGUGCGGCCACCUUUGUCAUUGGCUCGGGCCUGGGAUCACUGGAAACAGCUGCCAAUCCGUACCUAACUGUCUGCGGUCCGCCGAAAUAUGCAGAGAUCCGAAUCAAUCUUGCCCAGGCUUUCAAUGGCAUCGGCACUUGUGUAGCCCCAGCUUUGGCAUCAUACGUCUUUUUUACCUCCACUGAGGAUGAUGUCGACGCCCUCAAGCAUGUACAAUGGGUUUACCUGGCCAUUGGCAUCUUUGUCUUCGUUCUCGCUGGCGUCUUUUUCAUGUCGACCAUCCCCGAGGUGACUGAUGAAGACAUGGCAUUCCAGGUUGCCGAAACUCAUGCUGGGGAGCACGAUAAGCCAUUCUGGAAGCAGUACAAGCUGUUUCAUGCCACGCUUGCGCAGUUCACAUAUACCGGUGCCCAGGUUGCUGUUGCAGGCUACUUUAUCAACUAUGUCACCGACACCUGGCCCGGUACGACCAGCUCUACCGGCUCCAAAUACCUUGCUGGAGCUCAGGGAACUUUUGCUCUUGGCCGGUUUCUAGGGGCCCUUAUCAUGAAAUUCUUCAAGGCUCGAUGGGUGUUUCUGGCAUACAUUUCAUGCACGGUGGCUUUCAUUGCCGCGUCUAUCACCCAGCGGGAUGGAACCGGUAUAGCAAUGCUCUUCUGCGCCUUCUUCUUUGAAUCUGUUUGUUUUCCCACGAUUGUCGCCUUGGGAAUCCGCGGUCUUGGUCGCCAUUACAAGCGCGGCUCCGGGUUUAUUGUUGGCGGCGUCUGUGGCGGCGCUAUCGUACCUCCGAUCCUGGGCCAUGUCGCUGAUAUGCGGAACAGUACGGGGUUUGCCAUGAUUGUUCCAACCAUGUUCAUGGUCGUUGCAUGGACGUAUGCUGUUUCGGUGAACCUGGUGCCCGCUUAUCGUGAUACGGCUGAUAAGGUUGGAUCGAGUGAGAUCGGGCUUCGGGGGGACGAUGCAGCUCCAAAGGACCUCGAGGGUGGUGGCGGAUUGACGGAAGUGAGCACAUUGCCCCAGAAGGAAUAUGUUGGGAAAUGA